GUCACUCUGUGGGAUAUAGAGGACACACUGGCAUUCAAAUGAGCCACUGCAAAACAGCGUAUAGAAAGACUACAGUAAGAGCUGCCAUGCUGAGACGAGGCCGGAACGGCCGUGCUCGGCAUUUGGCCUGGAGCGAACAACGACAAGAGACAGAUGCCAUGGCAGUGAUCCAGAUGUCUGACAGGGAGGAAUGGGAGGGCCAGACGACAACACAGAUUAGCAAUGUGGAGUCUGAGGUGGAUUACCUGGAGAGUUCUCAAACCGUAUCUGAGGUGGUGGUCUUGCCCAGCACAGCGCCGGUGACAGGGGAGUCUUUCUGCCAGUGUGAGCGACAGGAAGAGCUCAGCCCGGGCUUCGGCGUCAGCAGCGACUGCCUCUGUGGGGAGGAGGAUGAGGGCUUUGACUGGGAGUGGGACGAGCAUUUCAAAUCUUCCGGAGCCUUCCUCAGCUGCGACAACAGGAAGGUGAGCUUUCACUCAGACUACAGCUGCGGCACCGCUGCCAUCCGGGGCAACAAGGAGCUCGCAGACGGCCAGCACUUCUGGGAAGUCAAGAUGACCUCUCCAGUCUAUGGAACCGAUAUGAUGGUGGGAAUCGGGACGUCAGAGGUGAACCUGGAAAAGUUUAAGUACAGCUUUGGCAGCCUGCUGGGCCACGACGAAGACAGUUGGGGGCUCUCCUACACAGGUCUCUUGCAGCACAAAGGGGACAAAGUGAAGUUCUCCUCUCGGUUUGGCCAGGGCUCCAUCAUCGGAGUGCACCUGGACACCUGGCAUGGCACCCUGACCUUCUACAAGAACCGGCACUGCAUAGGUGUUGCUGCCACAAGACUGCAGAACAAGAAGUUCUACCCCAUGGUGUGCUCCACAGCAGCUAAAAGCAGUAUGAAGGUGAUCCGUGCUUGCUACACACCCACCUCCCUGCAGUAUCUUUGCUGUGCCCGGCUCCGCCAAAUGUUACCCGGCUGCCCCGACGUACUUAACACAAUGGAGCUGCCCCCGGGCCUGCGCACCCUCCUCCACACACAGCUAGGCUGGGUCUUCACCCUCAGCAGCAGCCCCGAAGCCUCAGAGCAGCAUGAGGACUUGCCUGAGGAUUUCCACGAGGACAUGAGCCUGCCAUCCAGCCCCAGCCCCAUCCCGAGCCCAGUCUCCACCCUGAGUGCCUGCGCCUCCCCCAGCCCCCGCACCAGCCCGCUCAUCGAUACAGUCCCGCACCAGUGCACCUGCCAGAUGUCACCUCAAACGCAACCCUGCACUUGCCACUGCCCUCCAACUCCUCCCAGCAGCGAUUACGACAGCUGCUGCUCUGAACCGGAGGAUUACCAAUGCAAAAGAUGCCGCUGGACAUGACAAGUAGUCAUAAACGUAUUUGUAAGUGUUUGGCACACAGCUGUUCUACCAUUGCCAUUGACGUCUCCUGUUGGAAAUCAUGGAGAUAAGAGCAGUCUCAUCUUUUAGCCAAUAUUUCUUAAUCUACAUUUUGAGUGGAUUGUUGCAUCUGUUUUAUUUAGCAAAAUUGUGUCAACUUUAUCAGUGAAUGGGGAGAGGGGAGUCAGACAUUUUAUUAACCCUUUGAAACCUGAGAUGAUUGGCUUUAUUUAUUUUG